GACCGAAACGGUGUCGGUGUUGCUGGCGACAACUCCCGCGAGUUAUUGAUUGAACCUGCCCGCAACCUUGCCUUGUACAGAAAGACCGUGGAAGGCGGUGCAGUCAGCCAGCACUCGGAAGAGUCGCUAGAGAGUAUCCAUCCUACAAACGGUCUCGAGCCUGGAGCGAUGGCUGAUUAUUUCCGUUCACCUGCUUUCUACUGGUAUUUAAUUAUUCUUCCUGCACUCGGGAUCAAUUUUCUCGCCUAUUAUUCGCCAAACCUUCUCCGGACAUAUGUUCCUUUGAUUGGAUCUAUGGCUGCUUAUAUCGGUACUAACUAUCACUGGAUUACGGUUUACACGAAUGUCUUUGCAUUAGUUGCACAUAUCGGAGAGAGUCUUUAUGCUUUGUAUCUCUGUGCCAAGCUGAAAUUCAGUUUGUCGUGCUCAGCAAGCUGGUUUGUGCAGACCUUCCUCCUCGGAUUCCCAUCUCUUAGCAUUUUAGGUAAUUUUGCUGCUAAAACGAAAAGGAAGCGUUGA